GCCCUCCAGCUCGUGCGCCUCUUGGCCCACUGCAAGGCCCGGUCCGCGCCGGAGCUGCUGCGCGCCUCGGUAAAGGCAGCCUGGAUCCAGCGGUGGACAGGCCUCGCCUCGGUGGCGGCACAGCGAGCCUUCGCAGCCUCUCUGCUGCACCUGCCCCUGGACGGCCUCGCCUGCGACGGCGACGAGCCAUGGCUGCAGGACGUCCUGGCGGACGCGCGCCACACCGAGGAGCCUG